AUGAGGUGGUUGACCGCAGCGGCAGCCCUGGCCGUUACACUCGCGUCCAGCGCGUUGGCCAUUGACACGACGUCCGGCACACCCGUGUACACGGCGAGCAAGUCGUUCCCGACAAGCCUGUUCCCAUCGAUGGACUACAUGCCAAAGAGGAUGGAGGGCGAGCCGCGCCCACACAUCACGAAGGAAGGCGGCAAGGGUAGCUACCCAGACUCGCUCGUCAACCCACGCAGCCUUCCGACAGCGCCACCCAAGAGUGAGACGCUGCAGGCACAGCCGCACCGCGGCACGGCUGAUCUUGACCAGCUGAUCAAGUCCGUGUGGGAAGUCGCCAGCAAGCUCUUCAAGCACGACAAGGCGUCGUCGCUGACGUGCAAUCUGUGUCGCAACGUCCUUGAUUCUCUUCAAAAGAUCGCUCGCACUGAUCCAGACACGAUCCCCGACCUCGCCGGUUCUCUUUGCGAGGCAUUCAAUAUUUUCGGCUUGGCCGGCUUCCACCAAGAGUGCAAGCGCACGCUCUCCAAGGACGUGUUUGGUGGUGCCAUCACGCAGGUGCUGUCGUACGCGAACUUCACAGAUGGCGCACCUGACGCUUUGACAGUAUGCUCGCAGUUCUCAUUCGCUCGGUUCUGUGACCGGCCGGACGUGAGUCUAUCGGAAGACUUCCUGAACGACUGGUUCCGUGGUCAACGCCAUGCACCGAAAGACGUCAUCGAUGACUGGCACAACAAGCGCGAGAACGCGUACAAGAACUACAACCCGAAGGACAACCUGCGUGUCGCGCACGUCUCGGACCUGCACUUGGAUCCUCGCUACUUUGUCGGUGGUGAGGCCGACUGCACGUACGGCGCCACUGUGCAGUGCUGCCGCUCGAACAGUGUCAACUUCCUCAAGUUCCAGGACCACUUUGUCGACGGAACACUGAGAGACGACCAGAUCAUGCACAAGGCCAACUACUGGGGAAGCUUGAAGUGCGACACGCCGUGGGCACUGCUCGCGAGCUCCAUGGAGGCGCUCAAGCACGUCGGGGGCGACAAUGGCUACGACAUUGCGCUGUUCACCGGCGAUCUGGUCGCCCACGACGACCCGUACCGGUACAGCCACGACUUUGUCAAGUACUCCGAGCAGGCGCAGUUCGACAUGCUGAAGCACUACCUGGGCAACACGCCGCUCGUUCCCUCGCUCGGUAACCACGACACGACGCCGCUCAACUGCAUGGCUGCCUCGCAGUGGUACCCAGACAACCUGCAGUACCAGUGGGACUGGGACCUCAACUACGUCGCGGAACUGUGGAAGAACCGCGGCUGGGUUAACGACAACGCCGUCAAGGAUAUCAAGGUGCACCACGGUGCCUUCUCCAUGAAGCCCCGCAAGAACCUGCGUGUCGUGUCCCUCAACACGGACUUCUGGUAUGUGGCGAACUUCUACAACUACAUCCACAGCUCGAACCCAGACUUUAGUGGCAUGUUGCGUUUCUUGACGGACGAGCUGCUUGAGGCAGAGAAGAACCGCGAGCGUGUGUGGAUCAUUGGCCACGUGCUGUCCGGCUGGGACGGCUCCCAGGCUCUUGCGAACCCGUCGAACCUGUUCUACCAGAAUUGUCAGCCGAUUCGCUCCACAGACGCUCGAUUGCCCGAGUUUGAUGAUCUCGUCGACUCGAAGGCGGACCACGGCCCAGUCUGGCGCAAGCUGUACUCGGCUCGUGACACGUACGGCGACUUUCACGCAAGUGUGCAGGCCAACUCGUACUCGGCUGGUGUCAACCUCGACGGCACCAAGUGGCCAAAGAAUGCGCCGCUCAACGGCACGUUCUGGGCCGCCCUUACCGACGAGAUGGAGCAGCGCCCUGAGCUUGUCGAGACCUUUGCCUUGGUGGGCACUCGUAUGAGCCCCAUCGCCAGGCGCUGCAAGGACAAGAAAUGUGCGAAAGCCAACGUCUGCUAUAUGCGUGCCGGUUCCGCGAAUCUCGGCGAGAAGUGCGACGGCAUGUACAGCGCCUUUGGUCGCUAA